AUGAUAUUUCCGCCAGAGUUGAAGACGCAUGCUCAAAAAGUAUGUUCUUUGUAUAAAACAGGAUUGAGGAUGAUAGAAUCUUAUUAUGUUAUAAGGCCUGUAAUUCGUUAUCAUCAAGUUCUUUUAAGGAAGCGCUUCGAUGAUAAAAAAUGCAUUUGUGAUCCUAAAGAACAACGUAAACUUCUAUGGCUUGGCGAACAUGAAGCAUUUAUGAAGAAACAUCCACUACCACUUGCAAAGUUUCCGAAAUCUGUUGGACGUGCUGGCGGUGUAGCAUUUGAACGCGUUGUUCAACCCCCGGACUGGGUUUUGGAUUAUUGGCAUCCAUUAGAGAAAGCGCAAUAUCCUGAAUAUUUCAAAACUAGGGAAUGUAGAAAAUGCGAGUAUAUACAAAAAUGGCAAGCAGGAAUUUUAUAA